AUCAUCAGUAGCUGCUUAUAAGGCCUGUAUAUCCGCAUCACAGUGCUAAACAGAAACUCAGCUUCAAUGGUUGGGUACACAGACAUACUAGUAGCAUUUCUCUCCAUUCUUUUUCUUUUCUACUUGAGAUGGAACAAAAAUGUUCCUGUUAGAAAUUGGCCUGUGGUUGGGAUGUUACCAGCGCUUCUUCACAACAGAGAUCGAAUCAACGAUUAUGGCACUCAAGUUUUGGAACAGGGUAAGGGCACUUUUUUGUUCAAAGGACCUUGGUUUGCUAACAUGAACUUUGUUGUGACAAGUGAUUAUAGGAACGUGCACCACAUCAUGAGCAAAAAAUUUGACAACUACCAUAAGGGACCGGAGUUCAGGGAGAUAUUCGAACCCCUGGGAGAUAGCAUUUUCAAUUCUGACGGAGACCGGUGGAAAAGCCAACAGAAACUGCACCACUCAUUGAUAAAAAACAGCAAGUUUAAGUUGGUAGUGCAGAAAAUUCUCAAACAAAAAAUCUAUGAGGGCCUGAUCCCAGUUCUUGAAAGUUGCUCUGAGCUAGGAUCUGUGUUUGACAUGCAAGAUGUGCUCCACCGCCUUAUGUUCGAUAACUUUUGUCUGCUGGUUCUUGGAUUCGACCCAAAUUGCCUUUCUCUUGAACUCCCUGAAGUUUCAUAUGAAAAGGCAUUUGACGAGAUGGAGCAAGGUGUUUUUUAUCGCUAUAUUGUUCCAAGAAGCAUUUGGAAGCUGCAAAAAUGGUUGCGCCUGGGACAAGAAAAGAAGAUGAGAAAAGCUUUGGGAACCUUUGGCAAGUUCUUACAUGAGCAGAUUUUGCUGAAGCAUGAAAAUUUAAGCAGAAAAAAUGCAGAUGAGGAAGAAGAAUUUGACUUACUAACAGCUUUCAUGUUAGGGGAAUAUGGUGUAAAAUCUGACAGAUAUCUAAGAGACACUGCCCUUACUCUCUUGGCAGCGGGAAGAGACACCAUAGCUGCAGCUAUGACUUGGUUCAUCUGGCUUGUUGCUACACAUCCAUCUGUUGAAGAGAAGAUCUUAGAAGAGAUCGAAGUGAAUAAUUUGCAUGGAAAUGAAGAUGGUGAGUGGAAGAUUUACAGUGCAGAAGAGAUGAGCAAGCUAGUUUAUCUCCAUGGAACUGUAUGCGAGGCCUUAAGGCUGUACCCACCAGUACCAGUUGUGCCGAGAGCAUCAAUUCAGCCCGACGUUCUUCCAAGCGGUCAUCAUGUUAGUAGAAAUACCAAGAUAUUUGUGUCUGUAUAUUCAAUGGGAAGAUCUAAAGAAAUAUGGGGUGAAGAUUGCUUGGAGUUCAAACCCAAAAGGUGGAUUUCUGAGCAAGGAGGCAUUGUAUACACACCAUCUUACAAGUUCAUGCCUUUUCUUGCAGGACCCAGGACUUGUCUGGGCAAAGACACAUCUUUCUACCAAAUAAAAAUUAUUGCUAUGGCCAUUAUCCAGAAUUAUCAUGUUGAAGUGUUGGAAAAUCAUCCUGUGGCUCCAAGUCCUUCUAUGGUACUCACAAUGCAGAAUGGUUUGCAUGUUAGAGUGAGCAAAAGGCACCACUGAAGAAGACAAAUUUAUCCCCCUACGAAGUUCUUACGAAAUAUGAAGGCUCAUGAAUACGUAUCCACAUCUCUGUACUAUGUCAAAUGUUAUUUAUUUAUUUUUCCAAAUGCUAUGCCUAAUGUUGGAUUAGAGGUAUAUGUAAGACAUGUAUCUUACGAAUAUCUUUUCUUAGUACCAGCAAUAAAGUUGUUGUCUAAAU